UUGACUCCCCGUGGGGCAGUGCGGGCGGCGGAUGCGGAAGCGGAGCUACCACUAUAUAUACGGAGCUUUGGGAUAUGGCGAUGGCUAUUGCUGUCAAUUCUCUUUCCAAGAGUUUUCCUCGUUUCAUUCCGUACAGAGUACAGAACAAGGCCAGGUUUUGCAGAAGAAUCGGAGUUAUGAGUGUUCAUAAUAGUAGUAGUAGUAGUGGAAAUGUCAAUUCCUCUGAUGCUCCAAUUCCUCUGCUCACUCCCUACAAAAUGGGGGACUUUGAACUCUCCCACAGGAUUGUUUUACCACCAUUAACACGAAACCGCUCAUACAACAAUGUUCCGCAGCCUCACGCUGCUGUGUAUUAUUCUCAGCGAGCAACCAAAGGUGGUCUUCUCAUUGCCGAAGCAACUGGUGUAUCCGACACUGCACAAGGAUACCCAGAUACACCUGGAAUUUGGACAAAGGAGCAUGUGGAGGCAUGGAAACCAAUUGUUGAAGCAGUUCAUCAAAAGGGCGGCAUUUUUUUCCUGCAAAUUUGGCAUGUUGGUCGUGUCUCCACUUAUGAUUUCCAGCCCAAUGGCCAAGCUCCUGUCUCAUCAACAGACAAGGGAAUUACACCUGGCCUUGCUGGAGUAGAAUGGUCUCCUCCUAGACGUCUGCGGAAGGAUGAAAUCCCUGGGAUUGUGAAUGAUUUCAGAUUGGCUGCUCGUAAUGCUAUUGAAGCAGGAUUUGAUGGAGUUGAGAUACACGGGGCAAAUGGUUACUUAAUCGAUCAGUUUCUAAAAGAUCAAGUAAAUGACAGGACAGAUGAAUACGGUGGGAGCUUGGAAAACCGUUGUCGCUUUGCACUCGAAAUAGUAGAAGCAGUGACCAAUGAGAUCGGAUCUCAUAGAGUUGGGAUAAGACUAUCUCCAUACACCGAUUUUAUGGAGUCGGCGAUUGACUCAGAUCCUGAUGCUCUAGGACUUUACAUGGCCGAUGCACUUAAUAAGUUCAACAUUCUGUAUCUUCAUGUGAUGGAACCGAGAGUUGGUGGGACAGUGCUUCAAGGGCCAGAGGAUGAAAUUCCUCACCGACUCCUUCCAAUGAGAAAAGCUUUCAAGAAUACUUUUAUUGCCGCUGAUGGCUACAACAGAAGCAAGGGAAAUAGAGCCAUUGCUGAUAAUUAUGCAGAUUUGAUUGCAUUUGGACGCUGGUUCUUGGCUAAUCCAGACUUACCAAGACGGUACGAGUUGGAUGCCCCACUCAACAAGUACGAUAGAAGCACAUUCUACACUUCGGAUCCUGUUGUUGGUUACACUGAUUAUCCAUUUCUUGAAGAAGCUUAGGUGAGGCCAGCUGCUAUCAAUGCCCUUCGUGCCAAUAUAUGUAAUUGUAAUUACAUAUACACCCCUUGAUCUAAUGUUUGUUUACACAAACCACUCUUACCUUUUGAAAAAUUAUCCAUACAUGUAUCAGACACGUCAUAUUGUCUGUUGCUGCCUUUUGAUUUCAUCCCAUCUUUCUUGCCAAUGUGGCUAAGCUAUUGAGACCCUGCUUUGUGAAACUACAAACUUCUUGUGUGUGAUUGUAAUUAGGUUCAUUAUUUGCCUGUUGAACCAUAUGCUAAGAAAAUCCCUAUCAGAUUUGGAAAGCA